AUAUGUGGUCCACUACGUUUGCUCUUUCGGGUCCUCUGCGCUCAGCUGACCCAGUCAAUUGGCGCGUUUACGUGAAAAAGAAUUCAACGAGACGUUCAUAUAAUGCGAUCUUCAGCGUGAGCAACUGUAUCUCACUUGAGCCCCUUCUGUCUGUGCUAUGCACACACCAAAGCUUUCCUGUUUCUGAUUGUUCCUGUGCUUCUAUUGUUCCCCUCUAAAAUUUCUGAAAUGGGCGUCGAGAGCUCCCUAAGUUCCAAGGUUUUGCUUCGCCAUGUCGUUGGCAUUUUGACGAUUAUUUCUUUGGAAGACUGGGUUCCAUCAUUGAGCCUACCAUAUGGAAACCGCGAGCAUGGCGAGUGUAAGGUCAUAAUAGGUUCUCUCUUUGACAACUACACUGAACGAUGUAGUAGUGAUAAGCCAUUGCUCGAACUACAACCUUUUGGGGAGUACCUUGUCGAUAAUGAAAGUCAAUCUUUUGCGUCGAUCUCAGAGUUAGAGAGAAGGGGCGAUGCUUGUUUUUGUCCACCUCCUGAUACUGAUGUUCCCACUAUUAAAUUUUUCUCCUUCCUUAAAUCCCGUGAAAGGCCUUCAUUCCUAGCAUUUCUCCGUGAUUGCACCAGCUUCCCAAUUGUUGGUGAUGAUCUACCUCCUGACUUCACUUGCCCCUCCAAUGGCACCAAUCGCUCAUACGUCGCUCUUAUGGGUAGGCAUGAAGACCCACAUAUAAAUAAGUCAGCCUGCAAGAGUCCUGUUAUUGUGCCUGUCGAAUUAGCCAGAGAUGAUAGAGAGAAUAAAGAUGAGUGCGAUGAGAAGUUGGAGCUCGGGUUUAGAUUGAAAUGGGAUUUAACCUCCUGGGAGAGCUGUGUUAAAUGCAAAAUAAGUGGAGGCAAAUGCAGGGGAAGUGAAAAACGUUUCCUGUGCAGAGGAAACGAUGCACCUUUGAAGAUUGGAUUAGGUUGCGGAUUCGGUGCCUUGGCAGUAUUUUUCUCUGUUCAUGCCUCUAUAUGAUCCGCCAAAAACAACAGCAUUGCUUCUUAAUAUUCCACUCAAGGCAUGCUUCAUCUGAUUCUUCCACGAAAGCAGAUCUUGAAGUGGGCGAUGUAUGCUUUGGGGUCCCCAUUUUCCCCAACGCCGAGCUUGAAGAAGCUACUAACCAUUUUGAUACUGCCCGGGAGCUCGGAGAUGGAGGUUUUGGAAUUGUGUACUAUGGCAAACUUCGAGAUGGCCGGGAAGUAGCUGUUAAGCGUCUAUUCGAGCACAACUAUCAGCGGAUGAAGCAGUUCAUUACUGAAGUCGAAAUCCUAACUCGCUUGCGCCACAAAAACCUCGUCUCUUUAUAUGGUUGCACUUCGCGGCACAGCCGUGAACUCCUGCUGGUCUAUGAGUACAUCCCGAACGGCACAGUGGCCGAUCAUCUGCAAGGGGAGCGAGCAAAGCAGGACCCUCUCCCGUGGCGUACUCGUAUGAGCAUCGCCGUAGAAACAGCCACCGCAUUGGCUUACCUUCAUGCGUCUGACAUAAUCCAUCGUGACGUGAAGACUAACAACAUCCUCCUCGACAAUAACUUUAGCGUCAAAGUGGCAGAUUUCGGCCUUUCUCGGCUGUUCCCCAACAAUGUGAGCCAUGUGUCGACCGCUCCUCAGGGGACUCCGGGUUAUGUGGACCCUGAGUAUCACCAGUAUUACCAGCUUACGGAGAAGAGUGAUGUCUACAGUUUUGGGGUAGUAUUAGUGGAACUCAUAUCGUCCAUGCCGGCAGUGGAUAUAAGCCGAGACAGGCACGAGAUUAAUUUGGCGAACUUAGCAACCAGCAAGAUACGGAACCACGAGUUCCGCCAAUUGAUCGAUCCAAAUUUGGGGUUUGAGUCGGAUCCCGAAAUCAAUAGGAUGAUCACGGCUGUGGCCGAGCUGGCUUUCAGGUGCUUGCAACAGGAAAAGGACAUGAGGCCUUCCAUGGAGACUGUCCUGGAGGAGUUGAAGGCAAUUUCGAGUGGGAAACAUGAGCCGGACAAGUCGAAGGAUGUGAGCUAUGAUAACAGCGCCAGUCAAAGCGAGAACCCACCUCCUUCGCCGGAAUGUGACAAUAUGGGGCUGUUGAAGAUUACGAAGGCACCGACUUCACCUGUUUCCGUGACUCAAAAAUGGGAAGCAGCGGUAGUUCCUCUGCACAUAGUGGUUAACUUGUAGUCUUAUCAGUUCUCUCCUGCAAAUUUCCCUUCUCCUCCAUCUUGGCUUAAAGUUUGCUUGCAUUUGGGUAAUGGUUUCUAGCUAAUAUUAUCUGCGACGUAGAUGAUAUAGCAGGUGAUCAAGUUUUCCAUUUUGGUCUUCAUUUUUCAGCUUGAACAUGUAAGCACUUCUGUUGAGGCUGGAGGAGGAUUUGAUGUGAAUACUACAUAGUAAAGAGCACUUUCCUAGAGCAUGAAUAAAGGAUUGUACACAUA